GAGGCUAAUGACUCUGAACUCCAUGAAGCUGGAAGUCUACUUUCAGCCGAAACAGAAUGAAGACUUGGAUGAUGAAGACUUAUGUGCUUUUGGUGAACGAUGGACCUCCCAAAGGAACCGCAGAAGUUGGCCCCAAACUGACUCAAAGGAACAUCUUGGAGAGAGCUUGCAGAGAGACUCCGCAAUGAGGAAGUUUUCCAGCCAGGAAAGUGUCCUCACAGACCAGAGUGCUGACUUGGAGGCCAUUUCACUCCAUAGCACGAGCAGCACCGGUGGGACCUUGGGCCUUGUGGCCAUGGCACCCCAUUCGUCGUCCACUCAGAACUCCCCAACUUUAACCAAUACCCCUGACAGCUUGAGUAACCAUUCUCCAGCAGCCCAGUCUCCAAAUGAAAACAGCAAGCAAAAACCCAAGAAGCGUCCGACGCGGAGUUUCCUCAAAAGAAUCGAAUCUCUGAGAAAGAAAGACAAGGAGAAAUUGGACUCCGCUAAAGCUCCAGAUGGGGAUAGAACUCACCUCAUGUCUGGCUGGGACUCCUCCAAGGACUCUUCCAAGGAACCUGUCUCUGGGACGCAGGUUGUAGUAGGACAUGAAAAGCCAAGUUCUUUCUACAGCACUAAGACAAUUUCAACAGGUGGUCGGACUAACCAGGCUUUGGCCUCCGUUAAAAGCAAGCUGCAACAUGAGCCCAAAUAUGGUAGUAUUUAUUUAGAGGAUUAUGAAACAAGUCUGAACAAGAAACGGGAUGCCAGACUGUGGGAUCACCAAAUUGCAUUUAAAAGAGAUUAUUUAUUCCACAUCCCGGGGGAUUACAAGCCAGGCACUUUCCCCAAAUCUCUCUCCAUUGAAAGCUUGUGCCCUUUGGAGAGGGGCUGUUUGGCAGACUGGAAAUCAACCCCCAAAGCCUCCAGUCCUUUGGCAGGUGGCCCUGGCGUCAGCAGUGGUGUCCACGGAGGCAGCUCUUCUCAUGCCCUGGAACACCGACCAAGGAGGCCUUCCAGCACCUCCACAGAUAGCCGCACAAGCCUCUACGAUAAUGUUCCUGACUUUGCUAGUGGGGAUGAUCUCUUUGAUCUGGACCAGGAAAUGAUCUAUGAAAACCUAGAUGACAUCCUGCAGCAUGUUUGGGGUCUCCAGCAAAAAAUAGAACUCUGGUCAAAGGCAGUAAAGCUGGACAUGGAGGAUGAAAGUAUUGGGGUGGGGGAAAGGGAGGAAAUGGAUUCUGCAGAGGAGCCCACCCACCUGAACUUGGAGAACCACUCCAUGUCUGACAUUGGGACCUCCACCAGCGACUUUGAGAGCACCACCAACUCUCUGAACGAGACUGAGGAGCCCGAGAUGAGAGAGCGCAGAGACUCUGGCGUGGGGGCAUCACUCACAAGACCUUGCAGGAAACUCCGCUGGCACAGCUUCCAGAACUCCCACCGGCCCAGCUUAAAUUCGGCCUCAUUAGAGAUCAACCGCCAGUCAGCAGCUCAGCUCAGCCUCCUCCAGAAGUGCUCCCUUCUCCGCCUUACAUCCAUCGUGGAGAAAUUCUCCAUUCCCCACAAGCAGUCCUGGGCCUGGACUGUUCCCAAGUUCAUGAAGAGGAACAAACUCCCAAAUUACAGGGGCAAGAUGGUCUUUGGAGUCCCCUUGAUUGUCAGUGUCCAAAGGACAGGACAGCCCCUGCCCCAGAGCAUCCAGCAGGCCAUGCGCUAUAUCAGAAGCCGGUGCCUGGACCAGGUUUAUUUUUAA